UUGUCCAGACAUUCUUUAAAUUCCCCGCAUACUUGUGAACUCAGUAAUGUACACGGAUGUAAAAGAAUGACAGAUAUUUCUGUUCCACUGGGAUAGUUUAGUGCAUGUGUUAAUCUGAAGUACAGAGCUCAAGGAUUUUUUUUAUUGAUUUUCUUUUAAAUAACCAUGAGUACAUCAACAGAAUUUGUUGACGGUGCUAAAUUUGUGGAGGCCAUCCAUUCUGUGCGAGAUGACAGCACUGGUGAUAAGUAUGUCAUUGUCCAGCAUGUAGAUGGUAACCCCAACAAACUGACCGUCCUCCGAACAGGGCAGGACCCAGCCGAAAUAGCCAGUUAUUUAGACGACACUCAGGCCAUGUAUGCCCUCGCCAGAUAUGAGUCUACUUUUGAUAUGUCCAACACCAUCAAGUUUGUUUACUUCAGAUGGAUGGGAGACCAAAUUCCUUUUGGCAAAAAGGGUCGCUAUGGAGUGGUACAUGGCAGCAUAGAAGAGAAGUUUACCCCAUUUCACCUGAUGAUAGAAACAAACUCCAGGGAUGAUUUCGAUACAGUCAAAAUUUUACAGCAGCUAGAAGAAAACACAGGGAAGAAAUCAAAAGUUUUAGAAACAAAGACUCCAGGAAUGCAAGAAAGAGGGUUUACAAAUAACCAACUCCCACAAAAGAGGGCUCCCCAGCAGUCCUCUGUAGCUACCCCAGGGGUGUCCAAAAUCGGUGGAAGAAUCGACAUUACUUCUGAUGUCAUGUGUGCGUUAGGAGAGGUUCGUAAGGAUGAUGAUGACACUCGAUGGAUGCUAGCUGAGUACGAAACUGCAAAAGGACCAGUUACAUGUACCGGCAAAGGGUCAGGUGACCUAUCCGAGCUGAAAGAGAGUCUUGAUGAUACCAAAGUCAUGUACGGCUUGUAUAGAGUGACAGACACUGUGGAUGACAUCACCACAGUCAAAUUCGUUUACAUUCAAUGGGUUGGUUGCAAUGUUAAACCAAUGAUGAGGGCCAAAAUAUCAACCAAUAAGGGCAUCGUAGAAGAGGCCUUUGCUCCAUUCCAUGUCAACAUAUUUGCCACUGAGCUAUCUGAUCUGUCAGAGAAAAUCGUUAUGGAUAAGGUUACGGCUGCAUCGGGAACUAUGUCACAUGUGAAGUGAGAAGUCCAAGUCAGCAGACAGUUACAAUUAACAUUCAUGUGUAUUUGAUGUAGUCAGCAGUAUUACUCAAACAUUCCGCAAGCAUUGGAAACAGAAUAUUCUGCGAGCAUUAAGAACAAAAACAUUAUUCCUACCUUAUAUUUUGUAUCCUUUCUAGUGCUGUACAUGUAGUGUGUUGUAAUUGUCAUGACAGUUACUUUGGUUUGUCUGUGAGAUCUGAAUUGGGUGCUAUGAAAUCAACCACUACGUAUCCAUGGUUCAACUAUGUUUUACAGUUCUGUAUUAUGCUUUAUAGAUAUUAAAAAAAGGAAUGUCAUUCAUUUAAUCACAAAUUGAUUAGUUUAAUUACUCUGUCUGAUUCAGAAUAUCAAUAUAAAUGUCUGGAAUUAAUACAUGUAUAAAAUGCUAAAAAGUAAUACUUAGUUUGAAAAUUAGCUUUUAAUGUGUCUCACAGAGCCAAAAAGAAGCUUUCUUGAAGAAAAUUAUUAGUAAAUUUCUCAACAAUUUAAAAUGUUUAUUUUUAACCAAUUUAAAAAUGCCAUAUAUCUACUACUCAUAUUGUUUUUGCAUUAUUUGAUAUUACUUUGCAUUAAUUCAGUUGGAUUUGAUUUAAUUAAAACCAAUUAAUCAUCAUCAUUAGGUAUUGUGCAAUUUGAUUCCUUUUUGAAUUUUAUAUACUUGCUUGUAUAUAUCACUGACUAUAUUUAUGUCUUUCUGAGAUCUGAAAUCUAAUUUAAUGACAAUUUUGCUUUUAUCUAGAUUUAAGCCAGUUUUAUAUAGCUCUUUUAAAAUUAUUACCUGAAUAUAUGCAAGAUACAUAAUUAUAUUUAGAAUCUCUUUUUAAUGUACUUUCUUUUUUGUAAUUGAUAUACAUUGUAUUAUUUGCUCUUCCAUAUCAAUCUACCUUACAUAACAUAUAGUCCUAGAUUUUUAUACUGUUUAUAUAAUUGUAUAUAAAACAUAUUCCUCUAUACAAUUUAUACAGGUAUAAACAAAAAUCAUUUAGCAGGAUUUUUCACUUUACUUUUUAUUUUUGUACAUGAAAUUAUGUAUGUUUUAAUGAAGUAACCAUCAUGCACCAUGUGGUCAUUUUAAGUUUGACACUAUUGAUGAACAUGGUAAAUCCUACAGAUGUCAUUUCAAAACACUACACUCAGUUUCAUGUUUACAAACAUGUUUCUUGACCAUUGAGAGAAAGUAGCUGAUCAAAUACAGUACGAUAUGAUGUAGGUGGAUUGGCUACUGCAGCCCUCGAGAAAUUGUAAUGGCAUAAUGUUACAAGGGUCAGCUGAACAGGGUAAAAAGGGUUUACUGUUAUAUUGGAAGUACUUGGCUUUAAAAAAGAUUACAUAUACCCACUAUUUGCUGGUGGCUAAAUUAAAUUUCUAUGCUGUGAGCUAUUAAAUGGUAGAUUUUUUAUUCAUGAAUGCAUAAAUUUGAAAAUAGAUUUUAAAUCAGUGCCACACAGAAAUGGCAAAUUCUGCAACAAUCCUUCAAUCUAGUCAGCUAAUACAUGUAUAAUAUUAUUAAGGAAUUUUGUGGACAGGCCAAUUUAGUCACUUUCAGCAAAUAUGAUUACUAGUUAGCAUUAAUAAGAUAUAAAAAAAAUUUCUAUGAUUUGAUGUUGAUCGUAUUUUGGGCCAAUGUUAACAUUGCGUCUACAGUAUCUGUGUUUUAUGUCUUUUAAUAACAUGCUUAUUAAAUCACACCUUUAGCAUCAUGUAUUAUACUUAUUCAGUAACAUCAUAGACUUCAUAUCAGGAAAAUGUCAGUAAUAUUCAUGUACUUUAUCUAGUAGUACCAUGCUCAUUAUGAUGACAUGGUUUAAAUUUCAGUAACAUCAUGUACUUAAUUUAGUAAUACCAUGACAACAUGGUUUAAUUUCAGUAACAUCAUGUACUUAAUUUAGUAAUACCAUGACAACAUGGUUUAAAUAUCAGUUACAUCAUGUACUUAAUUUAGUUAUAUCAUUAUGACAUGCUUUUAUUGUCAGUAACAUUAUGUUAUUUAUCUAGUAACACGUGCAUUCACAUUCAUAACUGAACUUUAAAAUAAAAAUAUUUUAUUUUCAGUGCCAUAUGUUCCACCUUUAAAUUUAUAGUGGCACAAAGUUAUUAACAAUGUAGUAACACCUUGUGUUUAUAAUUGACUUGAACUGAGUCACACCAUGUACUUCACUUCAAUUAACGUAGAUUGACAAGUCUUUUAAAGACUGAGUACUUAGGACUGUACUGGCAUAAUGAUAUGAUCUGAUCUAUCUGCAUGUUACAUGAUGAAAACCAAGGACUGGAUUUAUUGUAAUACUGAAGAAAUGAUGUGUUGUUCAGUGUGUAUUAAAUAAAUAACAUUACCCCAGUAA